CUCUUGCCAUCCUUGCGCUUUGCCCAUCGUUGCCUCACAGAGCACACACUGCCCUCGUCAUCCUCGAAAGCUACAAGGUCAGCGCCUGUUGAGCUCCUCUAGCUUAUAGCCCCGCCUCGCCUGCGUCUGGAACAAGUGGCGCAAGAGAACGCCCUCGAUCUCCAUCUUCCUCUCUUCACACUGCAUCAAAGCGGAUAUCUCCCGUCUCUUCACACAACAUAAUGUCGGGAUGGACAGUGAUCUGGGCUGGAGUGGCCGUGGGUGGAGCUAGCUUUGGUAGUUGGGGACUUGUGAGAAAGGGGGAGAACCAAGUUCUAAUCAGGACAUCUGUGAUCCUGACGAUGAUCUGCUGCUAUUUGAUGUGGUCCAUCAUCUACCUCGCACAACUACAUCCCCUCAUCAAGCCAAAGAGGGGUGAUCUACGUCCCGAGUAGAGUGGAAAGGGUAAAGGAGAGGAGGCGCAGAAGAUGGAGUACAAUCAGGGUCAGGCGAAUUACUUGGCCACUGGCAUCCCGUUCUGUGUUUCAUGUCCUG